AAUCAUAAAGAUUACAAGUCUUUGUAGGUUAAGCUCUCUUCAAUUUCUCGACACUAUAUAAUCUCAGGUCAGGACUCCAAAUUCCACGCACUUUUUGAAAAGAUUAAAAAAAGCAAUCUUAUGUUUGCAUAGUUUACUUUAGGAAGAACAGUAAUGCUCAUUACAUAUUGGUAGGCCAAAAAAAAAUCUGACAACCUUUUACCUUUGCUUCUGAACAGCUGUCCUUUGUAGCUUUCUAAAAAAUCUAGUUUAAGCAUUUCAGUUUAUGGAUCUGCUGACAAUUAUAAAUGGCUUCUAACACACCCACUUUUUUUUUUUAAUUUCUCAGAGGGUAUUAAAAGUUUGCACAGGUAUGUUCUGAGGAGCAUCAUGCUGAAAAUGGAUCCAUGUAAACCAAUAAAAUUAGCAUAUGGAAAUUUGAAUGCAUCCAUAACAGUAGUUUUUCUAUCUUGAUGCAGAUAUUUCUCAGAUUGAAGGCUAAAAAAUAUCAAUCAGAAGCAUCAUACAGUUUUCGAUUCAAAAAUAUGGCCAAUUCUGUUGCUUUAGGACUCUAUAUUACUAUUUGUUGCAUUGCAUUUAUCAUGUCCAAGAUUAUAGUUUCAUUCCUCCUCUACAAAAGAUGGGCACGGAAGCGUAGGAUGAUGGAAGAUACUUUGUCAGGUGGAAAGAUGGUGAUGUUCCGGUCUCCAACAACACAGUCUCUCACUUCGAAAACUUUUAUGAAGAUGACCAUGAAAUUAUCAAACAAGGACAUCAUUGGUUCUGGUGGCUAUGGUACUGUUUACAGAUUAAUAAUAGAUGAUAACAGUGCAUUUGCUGUGAAGAGAUUGAACAAAGGAAAUACAGAUAGAGAUCGUGGAUUUGAAAGAGAGCUGAAUGCAAUGGGCGACAUAAAGCACAGGAACAUUGUCACUCUUCAUGGAUAUUACAUUGCACCUCAGUUCAAUCUUCUAAUAUAUGAACUGAUGCCAAAUGGAAGUUUGGACGCAUUGCUUCAUGGUAAUAGAGUCCAGACCUUUUUUCAAAACUAUGUCAUGGUUUCAGUACUCUUUUCAGCUUCUCACAAAAACAUUGAUACAGGCAAAUCAAGUAAAGAGAAACCUCUGGAUUGGCCCUCAAGGUGCAAAAUAGCAGUAGGUGCAGCACGGGGUUUAUCAUAUCUACAUCAUGAUUGUAUUCCACAUAUAAUCCACAGGGACAUCAAGUCAAGCAACAUUCUGCUGGAUCAAAACAUGGAGGCAAGGGUCUCUGAUUUUGGGUUGGCCACAUUAAUGGAACCAGAUAAGAGUCACGUUACAACAAUUGCUGCAGGGACUUUUGGAUAUUUAGCUCCUGAGUACUUUGAUACAGGAAGAGCAACAACAAAAGGAGAUGUUUACAGCUUUGGUGUUGUCCUGCUUGAACUUCUAACCGGUAAAAGACCAACAGACGAAUCAUUUAUCGAAGAAGGCACAAAGCUGGUGACAUGGGUGAAAGGAGUUGUCAAAGAUAAGAGAGAAGAACAUGCAAUUGACAGUUCCCUAGUAUGUUUUCCUAUUGAAGAAGUCAAGAAAGUGUUCGCUAUUGCAGAAAAAUGCCUAGAAUCAGAUCCCUCCAACAGACCAACCAUGGCUGCAGUUCUUAAAAUGCUCGAGCAAAUAAACCAAACAAACCUAUAACUGGUCUCAAUAUAUUCUAACCUUUGUCCAUGCAACAGGCAGAUUUCUUGACGAUUAUGGAAUGCCGUUUUUUGAUGUCUUAUGUACUAAUGAGAAAGAUCUCAGGUAAAUCUCCCAGCAAUGAUUUUUGCAAAUUCCUCAAAUAGAUUGUUAUAUGAGACAAAUUAAGAAACAAGAACUGACUGAUACUAAACUUAUGAUGAUGCCCAAGACGUACACUUUGAAGAUGUAUGAAUAAGCUCAGCCAUCGUUCUAGAGGUACUAACUCUGCCAACUUGUUACAUGUGUUGCCUCUUCAAGGAACAAGAUUCAAAUCCCAGAACAAAAGAAAAAAAUGAAAGAAAGCAAGGGUCCUCAUCUGAGGUGACUGAAGCUUUGUAAAAGAUUAUGAUGGGACAUUUUCUGAAGGAAAGGAGUACCCCUGCAAUAGGGACUCUCUAAAUGCAAUAAAGGAAAGGAAACGAAAAGCUGACGUUUAACUAGUUAAAUAACUAGGAAGAGAAACAGAAUUUAGGAAGCCCUAGAUGGAUUAGGAUAUCUUCCCUAGCUGGAUAAACUGUCACUAUCUAAAUAGCCCUAUCUUACAUUUGACAAGCAAUAUUUACAUGUUAUCAUGUCAUAUCAUUACAGUAUAACCUCAUCACAUAUUCCAUAAGGUAUCUUGCAUUCUAUAGAUGUGAUAUGCCCUCUGUUUAACUUUAAGCACAUAUUUUCUUCGAUCACGAAAUCAUAUGUGAGAAGUCUUUAAGCUAUAAUAUGAAAUCAUCCAGCUGUAUUGAGUAGCUUUAAGGCCUAUAAUCUCGGUCUGCUGAAUAGUAAUUCAGCCUUUAAAGGCCAUGAACAAUGAAUAGAAAGGAGCAAAACAAGAUUAAUGGAAGAGAAUGUUGACAACAGAAUUAUGGAGAGACAAUUAAAAGCAAUAUCAAAAGGAGAGCAGGGUAAAGUAUUUAGGUUUAUACUGCAGACCAUGGUCUGCCGUACUGGUCCGUACCGGCCGGUAUGGGCCGGUACGUAUCGGUCCGGCCUGGGGCUGGUACCGGAUCAGCGUGGAAUCCGGUACCGGUGGUUUAUUGUUGAAGAACUGGUAUGGAACCGGUUCGGACUGGUACGGGACCGGUCCGGGCCGCCAUCGGUACGCCGACCGGUACCGGUACGGCGGACCUUGCUGCAGACAGUAUAAGGUGUCUAGGUUAUAUACUGCAGACUUUGUUGGUUAGUUAAAAAGGAAAAAUGACUGUUACCUUAUUAAAGGAGUAAUGAAACCCCACUUCUGAGUUAUGACUGACAAAAAAGGAAUGGGGAAAGACUUUGGAGACUUGAUAUCCAUCUAUUGCAAUGUGAUUGUCAGAAGGUAUGGGUUGGGUGCAUCUGUGUCUAAUAUAUAAACUAGCGUAAUAGCAUGAUGAUAAUCUACCUUGUACUCCCAAAAUAAAAAAAUAAUUUUGAUGUUUACAUUACUGUCUAAGUCCUUUGUGCAUGAUUGUUCUCUCUUAAAUUGCACUCUAGUCCAUGGUAUGCUAUACCGUACUGUACCAGACGGUACUGGACAUACCAUACUAGUUCGGUACCAGUGCCGGUACUGGUAGUGGUGGCAUACCGACAUUCGGUACUGUACCGACACUAAAAUAGUGUGGCACUGGUACGGGGUCCGCUAUCGGUACGACGAACCUUG